AUGGAUGAUUUGCCUCGAAUGUUGUUGUUAGCAUCGACUCAGUUUACAGGAAUAGUAAAUGACACACAACUAUCUAAAUCUGUACGAUUUUCCACAAGUGCUGGAUUACCGCACUUCGCCAAUUCCUACAUGCGUGAAUGGGGUAGAGAUACGUUUAUCAGUGCGCCUGGCUUGUUUGUGACAACAGAACGUUUUGACGAGCUUGAAUCAAUUAUAGUUUCAUAUUUGCAAGUGACCAGGCAUUAUUUGGUUCCUAAUUUGCUAGAUGGAGGUACAAAACCAAGGUACAAUUGCAGAGAUGCAAUUUGGUUUUUGUUUUACACCACUAUUUGUUACGACAAAUAUUCACCGCGAUGUAUUGAUUUUUUGCAAACUUACGUUGAAGCUGACCCAUUAAAAGGGAAAAACAGCACGGAAAAACGCAAAUUUAAGAUUAUUGAUCUUUUAAUAAAACUUUUAUUGAUUUAUGAGGAAGGUAUUGAUUUUAUCGAAGAAAAUGCAGGUCCUGAGAUUGACGAGCACAUGACAGAGGAAGGUUUUCAUAUAACUUUGAAAAAAGAUGAAAAUUCAUUCAUUGUAGGAGGAAACAAACACAACUGUCUAACGUGGAUGGAUAAAAUGGGGAGUUCCGUCGAAGCUAAAAACAAAGGUGUUCCUUCUACAUCGCGCAACGGCGCACCUAUUGAGCUUACAGCACUUUGCUUAUAUUCGCUUCGUUGGGUGUUAUCUUUGAAUGAACGUGGAAUUAUUAUUAACAUUCCUGCCAACAUUUUAAACGGUGAAACUCUGGGCAAUCUCAGCAACCGUACUUUAGGCUUAGCCACCAGUGUCAAUCGUAUGAGCGGUGAAGACGCUGCAUUACCAGUAUUUGUCAAUCAAGGUUAUAUCAAAUUGUAUUAUAAACCAUUCUCACUGUCAAAAGCACUAUUAAUGACGGCAACACAAUCUGCUCGGCGUACAAAAAAAAAGACAGUAGAGCAGCUCUUAGGACCAACUGAAACGCUCUCAACUAGCCACUACAAAAAAUUAUUUACUGACAAACUAGCUAAACAUGCAUACAAAUUUAUACAGGCGUGCGAUAAAGUCUUUGAUAAUAUUUCUAAGAAUAUUCAAGCCGCAGAUGUCAUCUCGCCUAUGACCAAAUAUUUUAAUUUUGAUUUUCUGAAACUUGGAAAUACAUUUUUAAUUAGUACGAAAUUAAUUUUUACUGAAAUUGGAUUACGGAAACAAUUGGUUCAACAUAGCACAGUUCUAGAUAAUAAUCAACCAAGUUUAUUGCUUUCAAAAGAAGAUAUACCAACUCAGAUCAUAUCUGUUCCAAUGAGUAAUGAUUUGGAGAACAAAGAAUUUACGUUCAACUCUCCUAAAACUAUAAAAUCAAAAGAUUUAAAGAUAAACAUCGACAGUUUUACUCCAAGCAGUAGAUCUACAGUAGAUUUUUCAGAAAUGAGUAUUAACUCUGAAAUAGUUUCAAAAACAGCUAGAAAAGCUAAAAUUAAACCAGCAGAGGUAAAAAAAAAAACUAAAACUGCAACGUCAACCACUAAAAAACGGCAAGCUAAAAAAGAUAGUGACGAUGAAAAUCUUGUAAAAAGUAAACCAAGGCGCAAACAAACUAGUAAUGAUAGUGAAAAACAAACAGAAGACGAUGUUCUAAUUGAUGGAUCAUUAGAAACAAAUGGACAGUUCAGCUCUUAA